AUGGAAGGCUUCGAGGGUCCGGGCGACUCUCAUGGAACAACCAGUUGGUCAGAAAACCCGACUUUUGUGUCAACUGGCGAGUUCACCGAUACUUGUCCCACGGAUGACAAUGCGGAUGGCGAUGGGCAAAGUCUCAGUGACUCGGGGCCCCCAACACCUAUGGACAAGUCCAAGCCGGAAGCCGAACAUGUUGCAAACGAGAGGUCAUACUUUACGAACACCAAAGUCAUACGGCCAUAUGCUAUUGAAGAGCCAGAUGAUGAACCGGUACCACCUGUCCAAAGAUUGGAGCUACCCUGCCUCCCGGAUUGCCUGGAGCGUUGGCAGCGCGAUUUACUAGAUCGCAUGAACGAUUUGAAUGAUGAUGCUGCAAAGAGUCACAGUAGCAAGCUCCGUGCUUCUCCCAAGAGAGGCCAAAAACGAAAGCCCGGCAACCUGACUAGCUCUUCCUCCUAUACUUGGCCUCAUCGAUUCAAGUCUAAUGCUAGACUCGAGGAUCCUGCAUUGUCGAUUCCGGGUCUCAGCCCAAAGCGACAGCGCCGACGCAGUAAGAUCGUCGGAGAUGCUGCCAGGGCUGACCAGUCUCCUUCGCUGAAUGACUUCCGCGAGCCCCGAUCCAAUGGAAGCUCGAGUUCGGAUCUACCCUCAACCGCAAGCAGCGCCGCCAUGAGCAACGAUUCGGCCUUGACUGAUGAAAUGGACAUUGAUUGA